AUGGCACCAAAGAAAGGUAAAGGUAAGGAGCCUCCUGCACCCGCUAAGGCGGCAGCUGUUUCUGGACCUCCACCGAAACCCAAAAAGCCCCCACCACCACCGGCUUGCUUCGGUCCUGAGGAUUUGGCGAAAUUUAAAGAACUAUUCAAGGCGUGCGACGAAGAAAAUAUUGAUAAGGUGAAAUUAGAACAAAUACCUUUCAUGUUAAGGAAGCUAGGAUUCAAUCCAAAAGGCCACGAAAUAAAAGAAUUAUUUAGGCUUUUCCUAGAAGAUGAUCUAGUUGAUACAGUGGAGUACCAUGAGUUUCUAUUUAUGAUUGAGGCCAAGAUGAAUUGGGGUGAUGACUUCGAGUUGGCUGUCACAAAAGCUAUGGCCGCUCUUUCUCAUGAUGACGAAGAAAAAGGUAUCGCCGAUUUCGAGACACUAAGAGAAGAACUCACAGUAUGGGGUGAACCUUUGAUAGAAAUAGAAUUCGUCGAUUGGAUUAAACUGGCGAUGAAGGAUAAAACUUAUAACAUGGAAGACGGCACUUUCAAUUACGUCAAGUUCAUAGAGAACAUGAACGCGAAAGAUGUCAAAUAUAUUAAAGAACCCAUUAACUUCUACAAAUUGGAUCAGAAAACAUUGGCUGCGAUGGCAUUAAAGAAGGCUCAAGAGGAGAGAGAGGAACAGGAGAAGAAAGACGCUGAGAAGAGAGCUAGAGAGGAAGCCAAGAGACAGAAGAUGAUAGCUGAUGGAUUGAUUCCUGCGGAUUAG